AUGGUUGUCAGCAACGUCUCACAGCCCAUACGACGAGAACUGUGUGCUUCAAAGGCAUUGGAUGCACAGCAGGCAUGGCAAUUUCUGGAGAAGACAUAUGGAAGAGACGUUCCCAUGAAGAUGCGUUCAGUCCAGGGCUUACGUGACAUCAUGGGUAUUAGGUAUGACAAGUGCGUGUCACUGAAAGAAUACAUAGAGAAGAUGGUGUUGUGCAGCCGAGCGAUUCAAUGUAACCGCGGAGUGAAAGGCCGUGACGACGGAGGGCAAGAUAAUGGCCGGAGAAAGAACCGCAACCGCUCAAGAAGUAGGGAUGAAACUAACGAAUGGCUAUGGUGCCAGUUCAUCUUGGUGAAUCUUGGUCCGGAGUGGGAGUGCUGGGUCUCUGAGCUGGUGGGGAAAUUUGAAGAUAAAGAGAAAAUGAAUGCUGCAAUAUGCACCUUCAGAGGACUCUUCCCAGUCAUCGAAGCAGAACAGGCACGCCGCGUUCAAGCUUCUCGUUACUCGAAGAAUUGA